AAACAAUCUCCUUCUUCUUCCUCCUCCACCUUCUCUUCUUUCUCUCUCUAGAAGCAAGAUCUUCAAAGCAAGCUUGAAGCAUCAAUGGCGGGUUACAGGGCGGACGACGACUACGACUACCUGUUCAAGGUGGUCCUGAUCGGCGACUCCGGUGUGGGCAAGUCGAACCUCCUCUCGAGGUUCACAAAGAACGAGUUCAACCUCGAAUCUAAGUCCACCAUUGGCGUUGAGUUCGCCACUCGCACCUUGAACGUCGACUCCAAAGUCGUCAAGUCUCAGAUCUGGGACACCGCCGGCCAGGAGAGGUAUCGUGCAAUCACCAGUGCUUACUAUCGUGGGGCUGUAGGUGCACUUCUUGUGUAUGAUGUCACACGCCAUGCAACAUUUGAGAAUGUUGACAGAUGGCUGAAGGAAUUGCGAAAUCACACUGAUUCAAACAUUGUUGUGAUGCUUGUUGGCAACAAAUCAGAUCUUCGUCACCUUGUAGCUGUAUCAACUGAAGAUGGGAAGGCUUAUGCUGAAAAAGAAUCACUGUACUUCAUAGAAACCUCAGCUCUUGAGGCAACUAAUGUAGAGAAUGCAUUCUCAGAAGUUCUGACUCAGAUAUACCAUAUUGUUAGUAAGAAAGCAGUUGAGGGGGCAGAAAAUGGAACUGCAUCUGUGCCUUCCAAAGGAGAGAAAAUUGAUCUUAAGAAUGAUGUGUCUGCUUUGAAGAGAGUUGGUUGUUGCUCAAGCUAAUAGCAUAUAUUAGACUUGUUGUCUAACGUUAAAACCAUGUUUCAUGUUCAAUAGGAUCUGGGGAAGCAAGUUGUUGGCUUCAUGGCUAGCCUUAAUUAUUUUGUUAUUAUAAUUAUUAUUAUUAUUAUUAACAUCAUUGUUAUUAGUU